AUGCUUCGUCGACCUUCUUCUUCGGCAUUUUCGAUUCUGGGGACGAGCAGCAGCAAACGAGCCUCAUCCCUUCAAACCCUCGUUCAUUCAUCAUCAACAACAAAUAGUGUCCGAAACUAUGCACUUCCAAAGAAUCCAACUCCACAAGAAGAAAACUACAUGAUAGAAGCCAUCAAAGACUAUGUACGACCUGUUACCAAACCUAGAAUUCCUAAAACACCACAACAAUUUAAAAAGGAUGAAAUGUUGGCCAAUGCAUGGUCAUCUUUAAAGGGGAUUUUGACAGAAAAGGCUCGCAAAGACCACAAGAGAAGAUUAAAAUUAAAGAAGGCAGCAUUGGAAGCCCUUCCCAAAGAAUUGAGAGUUGAAGCAGAGAAAAUUGAUUGGAGUCUAAUUCCAAUACAGCUCGGAGUUCAACCACACAAAGAUUUACCUGGACAACCUGGAUAUAAACCACCAGAAGAACCACCCAAUAUUGAAGUUUAA